AUGGGAUUACUGAGUAUGAAAUGGUUGGUGCUUUGUUCACUAGCGCUGGCACGAUUAGUGAGGCAGCCAACAGUGCCUGUGCAGGUCUCUGGAGGCCUGGUACGAGGAACGAUCAGGCCUGACGGUGCUUUUAUGGAGUACUAUGGCAUUCCAUAUGCGACAGUAGUGAACAGAUUUCAGAGUCCCAUACCUGACCCUAAAUGGGAAGGGAUUUUUGAUGCUUAUGAAGAAAAUAUUAGAUGUACCCAAAGAUUCACUAGCACUACAAUAUUAGGAAGAGAAGACUGCCUCACGGUGAAUGUGUAUACACCAAGAGAAGCGCCAGGUCAUCUCCUUCCUGUCAUGGUCUUCAUACAUGGUGGUGGCUUCAGAGAUGAGCUAUUGAAAUUCCGUGUGCCAAGAAAGAAAGGUGAUAUUAUAUUAUCUGAAAAUAUUUUUGUACCAUGUGUGGAGAAAGAAAUACCUGGCGUUGACCGGUUCUUAUCUAACCUUCCAUAUAACGUAAUGAAGAACGGAAGCUAUCAGAAGGUUCCCCUAAUCUAUGGCUUUAACGAUGCCGAAGGCUAUAUGUUUACCGGUAAAGAGAAUAGUACAACGCUUUCAAAUAUGAACUUCUAUAGCGCACUACCAAGGGACAUUGUUUUUCCAACUGAAGAAGAAAAAAUAGCAACUGCUAAGAAACUAGAAGUUAUUUACAUGGGAGGGCAAAAAAUUACCAACGAAACUCUUCUUAAAUUUUCAAAAUAUGAGGGGGAUUCGAGUAUAACCUAUCCUACGAUUGCCACAAUUGACCUGCUCUUGAAGACUUCAGAUAACCCUUUGUUCGCUUACAAGUUCUGCUACGAUGGUAUGCUGAAUUACGCGAAGAUAUUAUAUGGAUUCAAGAAAUUCAAAGGAGCCACUCAUGCUGAUGAAUUGUUUUAUUUAUUUAGUACUGCAAUACCUAUGAGGUACUACGUAGAACAGAAAUUCAUAGACAAAUUUACUGAGCUGUGGGCAAACUUUGCCCAUUACGGAGAUCCUACACCAUCAAAAUCAAUGUUGCCAAAGUGGGAGCCAGCUGAUCCUCUAGACCCGCAAUUAUUAGUCAUAGACAAGGAGUUGUCAAAGGCACCAGUAUGGGAUGAUGAACAUAUAAAGUUUUGGAACGAAACAUAUUUCAAAUAUAGAAGAAAAACUUAA